AUGGAAGAAAAAGAAGUGAAAGAAGCUGAGGACGAUACACAGCGUGUUAUUAUACUACCAGUAGACAAUUCUAUACACAGCGAGCGAGCUUUUGAUUGGUACAUAAAAAACUUACGAAAAAAUGAAGACACUCUUGUGAUAGUCCAUGUAAACGAAACACCAAAUAUUUCUACGGAAGGGACACUGAUAGAUCGGACAGAGAAGUGGCAAUCAGCUUAUAAAGAAAUUUUAGACGAGUCAAAGGAACUCGUCAGAAAGUUUAUAAACAAGGCUAAAGACAUUGGAAUCGAGGCUAAAUCAGUUUUAACUUGGAGUACAAGUGGCGGAGCGGGUCGAAGCAUUUGCGAUGUAGCAGCGAAAAAACAUGCUAGUAAUAUUGUGAUGGGUUCACGUGGUUUGAACGUAUUACGAAGAACUUUACUAGGCAGUGUUAGUUCGUAUGUGGUGAAGCAUUCAAACGUAGCCGUAACCAUCUUACCACCUUAG